UUAUGAACGUUUAUUAACAUGAACGAGAACAAUUAAUGGGCUACCCCUAUUCAUUUUCCUUUUUUGAUGGGCUCAAACAAAUUUUAUAGUUUUAAUUUUACAACAUUAUUAGUUCCCCGAGUCACCCUGACUAUGAGUAUUUUCUUAACUUAACUCCGGAAGUAGGCUGUUUUGACGUACUGGUCUCUGAUAGGAUGUCGGGAGGAACGCAGUUAGACAACGAGAAUCCCCAGAUCUUCCAACGAUCAGGAGAAAGACUUUGGACAGCAGAGGACGAGGACGAAGACAUUGCUGAUCCAAUUGACGACAGGGAAAUCUUUGAUCUUAUUAGAUCCAUCAAUGAUCCUGAGCACCCGCUGUCUCUUGAAGACCUAAAUGUUGUAGAACAAAUGAGAGUCCACGUUAGAGACCCGGAGAGUACGGUUACUGUGGAAUUCACUCCCACCAUUCCUCAUUGUAGCAUGGCUACCCUGAUUGGUCUUUCCAUAAAAGUUAAAUUGCUGAGGUCACUACCCAGCAGAUUUAAGUUCUGUCUUUCUCAGAUUGAUGUGCAUAUAACUCCUGGCACCCAUGCCUCUGAGGAUGCAGUUAAUAAGCAGCUGGCAGACAAAGAGAGAGUGGCUGCAGCUUUGGAGAACGCUCAACUCCUGGAGGUGGUGAACCAGUGCUUGGCUUCCAAACUUCCAGCUAAUUUAAUGCCUUAGCAAAAUCAAUGUCACAAGAUUCCAGAGAUAAGGGAUGGUUAAUGGUAUGAAUGACCUCGACCAUGUUGCGUUUUAUGGGGAAGCAUAGUAGAUGAUGGUGGUUAAUGAUUUGUAAUGUGCACUUUUGUACCAGUAUGGUAUGCUUUUUACAUUAACUUUUGUACAUGUUCUUACAUUUGUUUUCACUUGGAUUGUGCACUUUCCUACUGAAGUACAGAUGGUAAAAGAAAGAGCUGUAUAACAGUAAGGUCUGACAACUACUUUUGCACCACCCACUAUUAUCACUGCUUGUUUCAGCUCUGUUUAUACAGAUGAUGCUAACUGCUUGCAGCUUCUAAAGGUUGAUGGAUGGAGGUGUCAUUGGCAUUGUCUUUUUCAAAUUGAUUAAACAGCAUGUUGAGGUAAUUUCAAGGCACUCCCAUAUUUGUGAUGGGGUGGGGCUCAGAUUCACAGAAUGGGGUGGAACAAAAAGACCCUGGAGGAGGAGGUGUGAGUGGGGAGGCUGACAUGUCUCCGGUAUCGGGCAUUGUGGCUGGACUGGGGUCUUUCACCCGAGAAAGACUCCGGUUCAGAGAGCUCUGGGGGUGAGUGGAGUAAUGGGACAGUAUAGAAGUGACCUUUCCACCUUUUACCUCCUGCCUACAUUCUGGAACUGUGCUGAAACACAAGCAGGGAUUAUUUUAACAUUUUUAAUAAAUACAUGCUUUUUAGACUGA